AUUGGCUAAUUCGGGAAAGUCUCUUCAUUGUAGCAUAAAGAGAAGGUCCAGAUAAUGGAAUCUCGAAGGGCUCAAGUCCUUCCAUCCUGUGUUCUAACGGGCUUCAAGAUUCAGUCUCUAUACAACAUCUGGGAGAGAAGGGAAGGGAGCAGUAGUGGGAAAGGGGGAGGAUAAGGAGAGAGGUGGGGGGACAGAGUCCAAAAGGAAGUGACUCGAACGAUUUGGGGCCACUUUGUUCUCCCCAAGGCCAGCCUCCUUGCCACUCCUCCGCCCCCCUUUCUCUCCGGACAACGCCGGAAUACUUUUGUUUACUCUCCCGCAGAGGCGGGGGCGGAGAACCUGAACUGGGCGCGGGGGCGUCAAAGUCCAGCCCAAUAUAAGGACAAGCCGGGACAAGUUCAUUCAUUCUCCCUCGCAGCUAUCUGGUCUCCGCCAUGCUCGGGCUCUCUUUGCGUCCCCGGCAGCUGCGGCUGCUGUCGCUACUCCCGCUGCUGCUCCCGCUGCUGCUGCCGCCUCCGUCCAGGGCAGCUGAGCCGGGGGACCGAGAGCGCAGCGAGCAGCUAGAAGCCAUCCGCAGCGCCAUCCUGAGCCGGCUCGGGCUGUCCGCGCCCCCGGACGUGCGCCCGCAGCUUCUCAGCUCCGCGGAAAUCCGGAGGUUGCAGCGCCGAUAUGAGGAGGCACUGACCCAGCUGCGGACCAACCAGAGCCUGGAGGCUACAGGCUCGGGCCGGAGUUCGCGUUUCCCUAGAGUCCCCAAAGUCCGGAUCCUGAUGCCUAAAUUGGAGCUCAGCCGGGACGCCCCCGACGAGCGCUUCCACCUGCUCCUCCACCGCAAGGCUCUGACUGCGGGGGAGCCGGAGGAGACGCGGGUGCUACGCGCCCAGCUGCGGCUGUUUCUGCAGCCACCAUCCCCGCUGACCCCGACUGAGUGGGCGCCCUCGCGGUUAGAUGCUGCGCCCCAGACCCUGACGCUCGACCUGACGCGGCCGCUGCAGCGCUGGCUCCAGCGCCGUCCGGCUCCGGCGCCCCUGCUGCGGCUGCCCCUGGCUUUGCCUCCCAACGUGACUCGGGAGCUGCUCCGGCAGCCCCCGGGCCCGCGCGCCAGCCUGCGCGUGGAGCUCCAAGAGCUUCCCCGACCCCGGCGGGCGCGAGCGCUGGAGCCCGACAGAGCCUGCGGAGAGGGAGGCGGGAGACGCUGCUGCGUCCGCUCGCAGCGCGUGUCUUUCAAGGAGAUCGGCUGGGACAGCUGGGUGCUGGCGCCGCGAGAAUUCGAGAUGCGCUUCUGCGAGGGCUCGUGCCCGCAGGGCUACAGGCCGGCCAGCAUGCACGCGCAGCUCAAGGCGCGCCUGCACCGCCUGUCCCCCGCCCUGGCGGGCCCGCCCUGCUGCGUCCCCUCUGCCUACGAGCCCAUGAUGCUCAUGCACUACGGCAGUGAUGGACAGAUAGCGUUCACGCCCUACGAAGACCUGCUCCCCACGGGCUGCCACUGCGCCUGAGCCCCCGGACUUGCGCGGUGGAAGGGACCGGUCGUUGGCGGCGUGGGAAGGGCGGGCAUCCGGCUGCCAGGCUGCCCAGCCUCCUAGACGUUCCCAAGCUGAUCUCCAGACUUCGAAUCCGGAGCGACUGAAAAAUAUAGCUGGGCUGGUCCCCGUGGGCGCCUCUGUGAUAUUGGCCAAAGAAUGAAGCUGAAGGUGGCCCACGGUGUGAUGUUUCCUGAGAGGCAGCCGUUAUUUAUAGAAGCAUAUUUAUUGAUAAUUUAUUGGGGGGGCGGGAAAUGAAAGAUUUGUAUCACUCUUGUUUUCUGGCCAGUAUUUAUAAUGACUUCUGUUACACCAUGGAUCCUCUGUUACUUUGGAGAGUGGAUUUAAAAUACUAAAACUGAAUCAGGUUGAAUCUUGAGUUGGGAGAAGGGGAAAGGUUUUGGUCAGAAAAGAACAACAUAUGUAUGCAAAAUAAUAUGUAAUAUAUACAUAUUAUUAUAUAUAAUGUAAUAAUAAAACAUAUAUCAUAUGAUGCAAAAUAAUGUAUAAUAAUAAUGAUAUAUACUCAGACCUAGCUUUGAACCUCAUCAGAUUCCUUAAUGGUUCUCAGCUUUAUCUGUAAAAUGGAACUAAUAUUACUCUACACCUGUUAUCAGGAAAGCGCUCUUAGUUCAAGGGAAAGUUCAAAUUAUCAUAAAUUCUCUUCACUGACUCAUGAUGGCCUGAAGCGGGAGAGUUCAUUAAAAUUUUUUUUAAAAAUUUCA